AUGGCUGAUGGUAUUAGAAGGGCUAUGCAAGACAUCGAUCUGGGGGUUAAUGAUGAGCCUUUUGUAAUGCCUCAGGCGGUAGUACAACAAGCGGCUGCAGAGAACAGAUUUAUUCUGGUGGGGCGUCCGGUGAUGCCAAGAAGACAGAAUCUGCGUGCCAUCUUAGCGGUGAUGCCUCACACUUGGGGUCUGGAAGGUUUAGUUCGGGGAAGAAUUACUGAGGGCAGAAGAUUCCAGUUUGUGUUUCCUUCGGAGGAAGCCAUGGAAACAGUGAUUCGAAGGGGUCCUUGGUCUUAUGCUGAGAGAAUGCUGGUUCUUCAGCGAUGGACUCCUUUAAUGGAUAUGGAGCUUCUCAACUUCAUUCCUUUUUGGAUACAGAUAAGAGGAAUCCCUCUGCAGUUCAUGAACCGUGAAGUAAUUGUUAAUGUUGCGCGUGCUAUGCGACAACAAUACAUCCAGAUGGACUACAAUGAAGAGAAUGGUGGGAGACAAGAUUUCGUCAGGGUCAGGCUGAACUGGAACAUCAAUCAACCGUUGAGGUUUCAGAGAAACUUUCAGUUCACUCCUGGAGUUAAUACGUUGCUACGCUUUCAGUAUGAGAGACUGCGAGGUUUCUGUGAACUUUGUGGGCUAAUCACUCAUGACACAGGAGCGUGCGUCAUCAACAAUGGAGGUCCUGGUCCUGGUGGUGAUGAUGGAAACAAUAGUGCAGAGGACAAUGACGAAGCGGAUGAUGAAGUGGAGAUGAUUCCAAAUCAGGGGAUUAUCAUAGAGGAAAUAGGUGAUGAAGAUGAGGUUGCAGAACCAGAUCCCGUGGCUGAUCAGAUUCAAGAGGAGUACGAGAGGAAUGUAGCUGCUCUAGAAGAAGAGAAUGAUGAUGAUGAACUAUGGAAUGGACCUGCAAGGACAACCAUGUUUACUUCUGAGAUGGAGAGAGACCUUGUGGAUCCAGCUGUUUUCAACAGAGGCUACAACAACGCUGAUAUCGGUUUGAAAAGGAAAGAUUGGUUGCGCUCUGCAAAUGGUAAUGCUUCUAAGUUUGAAAAGGGAGAGACUAGUGGAACCAGUGCUGCAAAGCGUUUGAGAGAGUCACCGGUUGAGGCUCCUGCAGAAGCAAUGGAGGAUGAUAAGGAGACUGAUGAUGCAACUGACAUGGUGAGAGGCGCGGUGGGCCCUGAACCACCACUACCACCAUGA